AUGAGCUCUCCCACCGACUACUCCACGCUCGCGGUCUUUACGUACCGCUCAGCGAUUCUGGCCCGCGCCGUUCCGCGGCAGCACAUGCACCGUAUCGCACACGCCGUAAUCGGCGGACUGUUUGGCGACCACACCGACUCGAUGUUUUCGCUGACUGUGACGGCUUCGGGCGCAUUCUUGCUGGCAGACAGCGGGCUCGCUGCCCUGGCUAGCGAGCUGCCGCGCAGCGGCGAUGACGAGGACACGUUCCGCUGCCUCUACCUGCACGAGUCGUCCGAGACGCGGCGUGGCUCGCAGAUAGCUGGCACUCUCUCCGCGCUCUCGGCGCGUCUCGCGGCCGAGGCGAUCCCGGUGCUCUCAAUGACGACGCUGGGUCGGAACUUCCUCCUUGUCCGCGAGGGUGCCACCGAGCGGGCACUCGUCACUCUGCAGCGCACGCUCGACGAGCCGUCCUCUCUUCCCGCGAUGCCGCCGCCGCCCGCAGACCGGAUGGUGCUGACGGUGCUGCCGGCACCGGUCUGCAUCUGCAGCCUCUCUCGGGACGAGCUCCCCGCUGCGGCGCACGCCCUCCUGUGGCUGUUUGCGCUGCAGCCGGCCGCCGGGCUGACGCACGUCUUCGAGAUGGGCGGCGAGGCUCACCGUCCACCUCCGACAAAGGGUGUGCUCUUAGCUGCCGUGUCGCUCAUCUUCGAAUCGCCUGCGCUGCACGCGCUCACCCAGGCGCACCCGGCGUCAGCGUCGGCGCUCCUCCAUGCGGCAGGGCCGACCCUCGAGCGAGGCUGGCGCGCACUCUCCAUCGUCGUCCCGUCGGGCGCCGCCGAGCCGGGACUGCUCUCCCGCGUGUGCCUGCCGCUCUCCGCCCUCCCAAUGAUGAACGUGAGCACGGGCGAUACGAACCUCGUCCUCGUGCCGGGCGACCGCCUCGACGCCGCCUGCGCUCUCCUCGCGCCCCACUUUGAGCUUCGCGUCGCUGAGGAGGGCGCCGCCCGCUGA